GUGUGUCGCUCAGUGUCGUGAGGCGACCCGGAAUCCGUCAGUGUGUCGCUCAGUGUCGUGAGGCGGCCCGGAAUCCGGCAGUGUGUCGCUCAGCGUCGUGAGGCGACCCGGAAUCCGUCAGUGUGUCGCUCAGUGUCGUGAGGCGGCCCGGAAUCCGGCAGUGUGUCGAACCCGGUAGUGGAGGAGUUGGGAGCCCGUGGCCGAGGGCGGCGGAUCUGGACUACAGCUUUGGGAAAGUCCAAGGGCGGCGGUUACGAGGGCCGGGAUGGGUAACACGGAGAGCGCCGGGGCCGAGCAGCCUGACUGCGCCGAGGAGGAGGAUGAGGAGGAGGACGAGCAGGACCAGGACACCGAGCGAGGCUCGGCCAGAGCCGGCUUCCCGGCCCCGGGCGCGGCGCUAGGGCCGGACGGAGGGCCCGAGCCGGCGGAGGGAGGAGGAGGCGGCCCCGGCUCGGUCUCCGGCCUGAGCCUGAACUGCGGGCCCAGCCCCGACAUCCUGUUCCAGCAUCACCGGCUGCGGGAGGCGGCGGCCAAGGUGCGGGACGAGGUGGCCGAGAAUGUGGUCCAGCAGCACCACAGCCACUUAAUCCGGUGGCUGGAGGAACGCCUGGCCCGCGGGGAGGAGACCAUCAGGAUGGCCCAGUUCUGUGAUCUACUCGCCACCAGGUUCGCCAUCAAGGAGGAGUGUGAGGAGGCAUUCGCUCAGUUUGAUGCAGAGGGAGAUGGCAUAGUUGCUGUGGAGAACAUGCUGGAGUCAUUGAAAACUUCUGGCGGUGCCAAUCUGCAGGGAGAAUUGAGUCAUGUGAUUCGACAACUACAGGGGUGCUCCCUAACUCCAGGGUUUGUUGACAUCUUUUCAAAAAAUGAGGAGCGCAUGGGUGUUCAUGCUGCAAAAAUCUUGCGUUUCCUCCACAGGAACCGAAUUCCAAGUAAUGCAAUUCCAUUUCCCACGAUGGACAGUUACAAUAAUAUAUGUGCCAUGCGUUCCUCCGUUUUGAAGGAUUGCCUAAAGCAGCUGUUGGAGAAAAAAAAUGAGCAAACUAUUCAGUGUUCCACAGAUAUAAAUGGUGAUCAAGAGCUGGACAAAUUGAAGAUGGUAACCAAAUGCUACACCACCAUAGAAGCUUCCUCAAACUCGACUGACGUCGACAAGAUGACCAAUGGAGAAACUGCUUCCUACUGGCAGUCAGAUGGGAGUUCAUGCUCACACUGGAUCAGGUUGCGGUUAAAGCCUGAUGUUGUACUGAAGCACCUAUCAAUAGCAGUGUCAGCUAGUGAUCAAAGUUACAUGCCACAGCAGGUGACUGUAUCCUUGGGGAGGAACCCCAGCAACCUACAGGAAAUCCGUGAUGUCCGUAUUCCUAGUAACAUGACUGGAUAUGUCACUCUACUGGAAAAUGCAAACAUCAACCACCCAAUUGUACAGAUAAAUAUUAAACGGUGCCAUGGUGAUGGCUGCGACACGAGGAUUCAUGGACUUAAGACUAUGGGAUACCAGGUUGUGAAGAAACCUGGAGUGUCAGUAUCUGAUGCUUCUGCAAUUUGGUACUUGACCUUACUAACAACAUUGGUGACUGCUUCCAUAGAAACAAACCCCGAACUGGCACAAAAUGUCCUACGAAUUACGCAAAAAGCACUGCAGCAUAUGCCACCCCUGUCCCUCACCGCAGGAUCCACACAGCUGCCCAGCUUCAUGUCUUCUAAUGUUCUAGAGAAAGUGGACAAUUUCCUCAUCCGGAUUGCAGGUUGCUGUGCUAGUCCUGAAGCAGAGUUGACUCUUCUGGCAUUUGCUUUGGCCAGAGGAAGCAUAGCCAAAGUGAUGAGAUCGCUUUUGACCAUCAGUGAUCACUUAGACACACAGUACGAAGCAUCUCCACUCCUCACUGCUAUGGCAUCUGUACGACUAAACCAGCUUCAGAAAUAUGGGAAACCACUGCAGUUGACUGUGGAGGCAUGUGAUGCCAAAGAAGGAAAAGAAAAGGGAUUUGGGCCGACUGCUGUGCUCUAUGAAUCACUGCUGGGAGAUGGCUUUCUGUCAGAGGCCGGCCAUACACGAGCCAGCUUCAUUCUGUCAACUAGAACAAAAUUAGCCAUCCAGGUGUCUCAGAUCAGGAUCAAGGUCCAUAACGGGGCUAAAGGAGCCAAAUGUGGUUUAAUUUUUGCAUAUAAUGAUGACUCAGAAACUUUUGAUGCAGAGAAACAUUUCAAGAGGUUUGAAAAGUACAAUAAAUGGAAGCUGCAAGAAUUCCGACAGUUUGUGAAGGAAAGGCAUAGUGGCCAGAAUGUUGAUCUGGAUGGCGAUGAUCCUGUUGGCUGGUUUGAACUGGAAGAUGAAUGGAAUGAGACAGAAGUAAAAUUACAGACCUGUCGAAUCAGCAAGUACCUGAUGGUGAAGUUUCUCUGUCCCCGCCAAGAGGAUGAGAACAAUGUGCGUAUUGGCAUCAAGCAUCUAACCAUUCGUGGUUACUUGAGACCGUCCAAUCAAGAGUGUGUCUCUUUCUCUGAUACAGCAUCAAGCGGUCUUGUUACUGGGCAAACUCUCGUGUUGAAGACACUCUACUUUAUCCAGCAACUGGCGCAGGAUGCCGCAGAAUUAAGGGAGCGGAGGUUAAAACAGAAACCUUACCUGGACUUUUCAGACCUUAACCUACAACUCUUUUGGAACUUCUAUGAAAAAUUCAGACAGAAUCGAGAACUCGAGUGCCUUCAAGCACAGACAAUUUUGUUACAACUGCUUCAGAAUUGCUUGAUAUUACUGUCUGGAUCUCAUCAACCUGCAAAGGUGCAGGGAACAACACAACCUAGCACUGAGAGCAAGCACCCUAUCGAUAGGGAAUCAGCUCGGGAUCUCUAUGCCUACCUUUGUAAAGUGGUGGAUGAUGCAGAGUAUGACACUGUUUCCGGGACGAUGCUAAGGAAGGAAGCUGUAAAUACCAUUCUUAGUGGAGCAGCCAUCUUUUUUCCAGAUGUACAGACCCGCCGUGAUCAGCUUUUUAAAAUGAUGGAAACAAUCACUGAGCCGUCUCAACCUCAGUCUGCUACAAUUACGUUCCAGUCCCUGUGUCAUUACUUCAGCAAUCAAGACCCAAGUGGGCUGCUUCAGUUACCACAGAAGGGGGUUCCGGCAGAGUUUGACAUUAACCCAGUAAUGAUGGUCAUGGAUACUUUGCUGUUAGUAGCAAAACGAGAGUGCGAGUUGAUGCUUGUGAACAGCUUGUUUGGGAAGAAUGAAGCCGUUCUCGUCAAUCUACUCUGGGCGUUGCAGGGGCAUCUCCUUUCCUGGUGUUACCUGCAGCUGAAGGGGAAUGAUGUAUUAUCUCUCCGUCAUGCAAGAGAAAUCCUCCUUAACUAUGUCAAACGCCACAUCUCCAGCGCAUCCAAUGUUCUGGAUUUCCUGAUGCUAAAAUGCAGUGGGAAUAAGAUAAUGUCAAGCCUGAAUGACUCCUUUCUUGCAUUGGCAACUAGACAACUGGUAAUCUUUCUUUUAGAGCUUUCCAGUUUGGACAUCCCUCACUGUUCCCUGCUGCUAGCCUUCACUCCACUGGCGAAAACAUUGAAGAUCCUCUGUCGUGAAACUGGUGACGACUUUAUCAAGCUCGAUGGUGAUAACUUGGAGAAAUCAGAGGAGCCAGUGUUUCUCAGGAUGUGGAGCAUGGAGUCGACACACAACUAUGAAAACAACAAUCAUGAGACAACUGUCUUUGUUUGUCCGGGUGCAACAUUCUUCGAAGUGGAGUUUGAUGAAAAAUGUGAAACCGAGAAAAGGUACGACUACUUGGAAUUUACAGACUCUAGAGGAGUGAAAGUGCGCUACGAUGGGAAGGUUGGAACAGAGAAAUGGCCGACAUCUGUGACGUUUAAAUCUGGCCCAAGGCUGCAGUUUCUCUUCCACUCUGACAACUGUAACAACGAGUGGGGAUACAAGUUCAUGGUAAAAGCAUAUGGCCUUCCAGAUGUGCGUGUACCUUGGGUUGCAGAUCUACAGCUUCUUGUAUCGCGGCUAAUGGGUUGCCUUGCCUCCUGGGCACUGUCUUUAAACUCAGCCUGUGGACUACUCCCGACUGUUGAAUUACCUGUGGAGAAGGUUACAUCUGUUGUAGAGUCUCAGCUCUGGAAACCCAUCUUAAGACAUGGGACGUGUGUGGGAAUAAGUCCAUGUCCAGAGGGAACAUUAGACAGCACACAAUCACAAGACAUCGAGAUGAGCAAGAGUGAUGUUCGUAAGUUCCUGGUUCAGGUUGCUCUCUGGGAUCCUUCACAAGAGGAUUCCUCUGACGCUCAGUCUGACCUUAUUAAGAGACUUGUAAGCCUAUGCAAGAAACAUUCGGCAAAGUCAGAGGUAGUUGGUGGAUUUGGUCUUGGGUCAAAAGUUGACCAAGCUGUGAACUCUGUCUUUGCUGCUAUGAUGUACCACAGCCCUGAUCUUCACAGUGCAUUGAGAACCUAUGUUACAAGUGGCGGUACCACAGGUUUCAAUGAAGACAUGGCAGAAGUGUAUGCAUUAGCUGAAGGAAUGAAGACCUGGAUAAUGGAACGCAAACAGAAAUACCUUAUGAUGAUCAGCGAUAAAGAGGUGCAAGAUGACAACAAGAUGAACCCAGAAAAUAUCAAUGAAAACUGGAUUGCAAAAAGCCUUUUGCUACUAAAAUUUUCACCAUUUCCAACAAAAAACACUGGCUCUUUGUCUGAUGUUAAGAGGAUUGAUACUUUGCAAGAACAGAACGAGGUUUUGGACAAGGCCGCUGAUCCACCUGCACAGCACGUUACUUCUGAGUCCACAUUAUUGCAGGAUCUUAGUGCAACAUCGCAGAGCACAUCGACAGAAAAGCCCCAGCAAACAGCCCAGGCAGCCAUAGCUCUGAGGGAUGACCUCGAUACUGCUGGUCCACCCCAGCGUGAAAGCCCAGCUUCUUCAGUGAGCACAACGCCCAGUGAGAAUCUUGUAUCUCCUUACAUUGACCUUCCCUCCCCUUUCAGCUCUAAACCCAAACCUGCAUUCGGUAAAGGCCGACUUAGGUUACUUUCACUCAGGUCCAUGGAAGAGUUUAAAAUGGUCCCCAUCCAAGACAAAUAUCCACUUUUGAAGAACAUUUUAGAAUUCAUGAAGGAUUCCAACAUUUCUUCUGAAAGUGUCUUACAGGUUCUGUCUAUGCGGAAAGCCCAGGCCAAGAGCAUCAUUGAUGUUCUACGUGCAGUCAGCGAGUGCCUGCAGUCACUGGGACAACCUCAUCUCUUCCAGUUCUCCUGCAUUCUCUUUUUGCAAGAAGUAUUAGCCAGCCAGAAGGAAUUGAUUAGCUAUCAUCAGCAGUUGGAGGGCUGUGGAAAGGAGCGAUGGAACGAGCUCCGACAGGCUUACUACAAUCUUGUGUUGCUCUUGGUCAAUGCUGUCUGUCAGUUUAAUUCUGAGAAAGAUUGGUCUCUGCUCCCAGCACUCUCCUGUGUUCAGACCUGUCUAUUGCAUCUGCUAGAUAUGGGCUGGGAACCACUGGACAUGCCCUUCUUCAAUGACAUCAAGCUACCUGAUCUCUUGCUGGCAAUGUCACAAGAAAAUAUCAGUAUCCACGACAGCGCUAUACACCAGUGGAGUGAAGAAGAUGAGAUUGCAGAUUAUGAAUGCAACAAAGAAUGGAUGGAAGAAUGUCAAGAUGGAAUACAUCUUCGUGUUUGGUAUGAAAGGAUGUCUAGCGCUACUGCUGAGGAGAAGAGGAGGAUGCAUAUGUUUGUUGCCCGUUACUGUGACCUGCUGAAUGUAGAGAUAUCCUGUGACGGGUGUCAUAAAAUAGCCCCCUGGCAUCGCUACCGGUGUCUUCAGUGUCCAGACAUGGAUCUCUGCAAAACGUGCUUCCUCGGUGGAGUGAUGCCUGAACAUCAUGAAGAUUAUCACAAAAUGGUGAACAUGGAGUAUGCUUGUGAUCACUGUCAGGGGCUGAUCAUAGGCCGCAGGAUCAACUGCAAUGUAUGUGAUGACUUUGACCUCUGCUACGGAUGCUAUUCUGCAAAGAAGUACCCUGACAGCCAUUUGCCAACACACAGCAUUACAGUGUUCCCCAUGGUGACGAUUCGGAUUAGUGACCGCCACCGGCUCAUCCAGCCCUACAUUCACAACUAUACCUGGCUGCUCUUCAGCGCGCUGGCACUCUACACAGCCGAUGUCGUAACAGAACCAAACCCUGCUGAAGAGGAGUUGGACUCCCAUGUACGUGCACACGCUGAGGCCCUGGAAGCUCGCUGCACAGAGCUCAUCACUGAAUAUCUACUCAAGGCACAUCAAGGAAAAAGUCUAAAGAAUUCUGCAGUGCUUUCUUUGCUCUCUAACACGUCAGCUGAGAGCGAGAAGGAUGUAGCUGGUGCCUCAACAGAUGCUACUGAAACAAUACUUUCCACAACUGAACGUAGUACCAGUAACCAGCAGCAAGCCCAGACUCAUUCUACUCACUUGGAUUCAUCUGAUGAAUCCACUCCUGGCGAUAACCAGAAAGCAGUUUUGUCCGAUACUCAUUCCAGAGAUGGAGAGGAAGCUGUUAAGUGCAGUCGCGACAAAAUCCGAAAGAAGUUAAAAUCAAGUGAAAGUGAUGCCACCUUGGCAAGUAUUGACAGCAUUGAGUGGGAGAGCGUACAGAUACUAGAGGUAUCUGGAUCCAGAGAUGAUGCUUCGGACUUUGAGACCAGUAAGGACAAUAUGAUCCAUGACUCAAUUUCAUCAUAUCAUGGGUCUUCACCUACUACUGGUUCCUCAGCAAUUUUAUCAGCCAGUCAGUUAAAUGGCCUGGCAGCAGGUAGCACAUCAUCAGAAGAUGAAGUUAAAUGUAGCAGUUCCCUAGUUAGUGCUUCUUCCACACCGCAAUCUUCCACUGAGUUUUCCACGAAGGGACCUAAGGUUGAACAGCAGCUCAAUGGCUCACAGCCUGAGCACACUCCAUCAUUGUCUGUGAUGCCAUCUCCAUCAGGCGAAAGACAGCCAUCUUUUGCUUCCAACACUAUGUCUGACACGGCCCCAAAGCUGUCUCCUACUGAUGCAUCAGAGUCGGUUGCCACUCAAGUGUCUACAGCAGCUGAGGAGGUGCUUAAAACAGGACCAGAGUCUGCUGUGGAAUCAGCUGCGGUACACUUGCAUGGAUUGAAAACUUCCUUCAAGGUACACGCUGACACCAAAGAGUCCAUGCCCAGCCAAGACCAGGUCUUUGCUGAAUGUUCGCAGGAGAGAAUUCUGGGACUGCUGGCUGCCAUGCUGCCUCCUGUUAAAAAUGAUUCAACCAUGUGCCUACCAAACCUGAAUCAGGUACUGAAGCUCCUGUUUCGAGUGGCAAUGCAGAAUCCAGGGCAGCUGAUUGAAACCUAUCACUUGACAUUGGGACUGCUUGGACAGCUGCUUUUGAGAAUCUCCCCAGCAGAAGCUGAUGCAGCAGUAAAGGAUGUCCUUUUUGCAUCUUGGAAGUUACUUAGCACAGCAGAAGGCAACCUGAAGCAUCCGGGCUGGAUGACGACACAGGUUUUGUUCAGCCUCGGAGCAGUCUGCUUGGACUGCAGGAUUAGCCUGGACUGGGCAUCUUCAGUGGCAGACAUCCUCAGGGACCUGAACUCUAGCCUGCAAUGGCAGAAAGUGAUUGCUGCCUUCACAAAGCGCUGCAUCGACGAGCUGCCAUUCCAUCUGAAACGCACCAACAUCUUCACAUUGUUGGUUCUGGUGGGAUUUCCUGAGGUGUUGUGUAGAGGCACUCAUACUGUUUACAUAGACAACGCAAAUGAAUCACAUGAUGUUAUUGUCCUGAAGCAUUUUACAGAGAAGAUUCAAGCUGUGGUAAUUGACAUCAAGACUCGAAAGCGUAAAACAGUGAGGGAUUAUCGGUUGACGCAGGUUUGUAAGCCUGAAUAUACGGCAGCUCAACCUCAACUCAUCCAGUUCCUACAGCACUUUAUGUUAAUCUACAGCCAUCUACUGCAGACCAAUAUAGACAGCAGCUUCCCAGAUGCAGUGGAGGCGACCUGGCUCCAGUCACUAGCUCUGAAGGGUCUCUACAAAACACUACAGAAACAUAGUGUUGAAGAGAUCCAUCCGAUCAUUCUACAGUCUGGUUUGAUCAAACUGCUAGAGAAGAAGUGCACCAAGGGGACAGGGUUUAGUAAACUGUGGCUGCUGUGUGACCUGGAGACCUUGUCGAUCAUGAUGUAUUCGUCAAAGAAGGAGAUCAGUACUACUGCUGAAGGAGCAGAUACUGUGACAGAGGAGAAGGACCAGGCUUCAGAUCAUGAGUCUAAGAGCAGUGGCUCAGUGUUUGAUCUCGAUGAAACCAAACCUGAUCCUUUGGAAGGCCUUGAUGAAGCUACAAAAAUCUUUUUCCAGAUAACUCAUGAUGCUCUAAAUGCACCUUUGCACAUCCUACGAGCCAUGUAUGAACUUCAAAUGAGAAAAACCGACUCCUUCUUCCUCGAAGUUCAAAAGAGGUUUGAUGGUCAUGUGAUCACUACAGAUGAGGCAAUCCAGUCCAUGUCUUUGAAGUGGCAACCGAGCAAAGCCUCACGCACAGAAGACCACAGCACAAAAGCUGUCGACACUGACAUGAUGAUUGUACCAUGUGUGCACAAGAUCAUGGGAAAACUCUGCACACUGUCCAAGCCUCUGCGAUGUGAGAAGGCAACAGAAGAGACCAACCCUGUGACACAAAAACUCAUAACCAACACAGAAAGUGACCUGCAGCUCAGCUUUGCCAAACAGCGACGGACUAAAAGCUCCAUGCUGCUUCAUAAAGAACUUGACACACGCAGCAAGAAGACAGCGCGUGACUAUCUGUACAAAGUCAAUGAAGCCAUCUCUAUACUGUAUGCCAGGCACGUGCUUGCUUGUCUGUUAGCUGACUGGCCAAGUGGUGUGCCGAUCACAGAGGAAGUGCUGGGUCUCAGCUGUCCAUCUCACAUGGCCUACAUACUCGACUUGCUCAUGCAGCUGGAGGAAAAACAGCUAUGGGAAAAGAUUCUGCAGAAAGUGCUGCUCGGUUGUAGUGAGAACAUGCUGGGGUCUCUGGCAGUGACUGCCUGUCAGUUUAUGGAAGAACCAGGAAUGGAUGUUCAAGUCAGGGAGUCCAAGCAUCCCUAUGACAACAAUACUACAAUUGAGGACAAAGUUCACAUCCCUGGUGCUAUUUACCUGUCUGUGAAAUUUGAUCCUCGUUGUGUGUCUGAGGAUGGCUGUGAUGAAUUGUUGAUGUCUAGCAGCAGUGACUACAAGCAAGAUCGGCACACAUUCAGUGGAUCAUCACAUAAGUGGAUUGACUUUGACAUUCCAGGUGAUACACUAUUUUACAGGUUCACAUCAGACCUGGAUACCAAUGAUUGGGGUUAUAAAUUCACAGUCACAGGAGGCCAUCGUGGGCGGUUCCUGACUGGGUUUGAGAUACUUAAGCAAAUGCUAUCAGAGGAGAGGAUUCUCCCACACCUUCCACUGGCUGAAAUUUGGCAGUGGCAAGUGGGUGUGGCCUGUCAGCAGAUGGGACACCAACGACUAAAGGCAGUUCAUUUGCUUUUGAAGAUAUUACAGUGCACUUCACACAGUGGCUGUGACCUCACCAUGUUGAAGCCACUGUGGCAACUUUUUGCUAAAAUGGAGAACACUGCAAACCAAGACCAGGCUGGAGUUUCUAUCCUUCCACCACUGCAUCGAGCCCUGACUGAACUGUUCUUCAUUGCAGAAAACCGGGCUGCGGAACUUGGUGUGCUGCAAGACUACUUUGUGGCCUUAACCACAGAAGAUCACAUCCAGCACUGUGUCAUGCAGGGACUGAAGAAUAUUGCUGCCAUCAGUCUUGCGAUUAACUAUCAGAAUAAAGCUACCAAGUUCCUGAGUGACCAGUCGAUAUCUCAGAUCAAGCCUGCUCAAUGAAGUUCAUGGCAUCUUCAGACUACUGAGAGUCAAUGGAGCUCAGACAAGCACAGUCAUCUGAGAAUCACAUCACACAGCCACUGACUGUUCAGAUGUACUCAAACCUGCACUUUCUGAAGUUCUCCCUCACUAUUUCUCUCUCUCUCCUCUUCCACGCACUGUGACGAGACCCCGCCUCAUGAGUGCCCCCUGAAAACACCAGGGUUCCACGUUUACUGAAAUUCAAACUUGAAUUCCUCUUACUCACCAUAUAUGAUGGUUUAAGAUCCCUUUCCAUCGACUAACAGCUUCUGUUGCAACCAUUUUCUACCAUGUUGUUUCUUACCUGUGUUCAACAUCUGACAGUAACUGGGCACAAAGUAAAAGAUAAACUCAACUUGUCCACACCCACCCUUAGCACUAAUAGGUUACCUGUAAUUGAAGCUUCGUGUGGAAUUAGUAAGUUAUUUCUGGCACUGAAGGUUUGGAUUUUGCUGCUGGUUGGUUGGAUUUUAUAGCACUGGGAAGUUAAUUAUCCUUUUAUGAAGGUAAUCUCUUGUUUUCACGUGAUCCAAAGUAGAAAUCUUUACCAUCUGGUAAGUGGUUACUUAAUUCAUCAUUUGAGUGUCUGGCAGAGAUAAAUUGGAAAGGUCAUAGAUUCACUAAUAAAAUUGUCUGUAUUACAUUUUAACAAUUCUUAAAGUUCCGAGUGUCCCCACCAUUCCCUCCCACGGCUCCCCGCGGAACUGUAAAAGGCCUACACAAAAAAAUACUGUAACUAAAGAACACAGGCUUGACAUCUGUUGAGUCUGUCGUGGAGGAUGUGUAAUUUUCAUUUAAUUAUUAGAGCUUAUUUUUUUUAUUUAAGUUAGUUUAGCUUAUAGUGCCAUUUCUAACUUUAUACUCCUUUUUGAAGCAGAAGGAUUUUCUUUUUUUUGCUUCCAUCUCUUUCCCCUCUAUGACCCCACCCCCACCCAUCAAUUCCAAUGCUGCAUAGAAUUCUGAAUGUAUAAUGCUGUCAAUAUUAUGUGAUGCGGGUAUCAAUUAUGCAGUUGAAAAUAAUGGACAAGUUUAAAAUAUUCACUCAGUUGUAAUAUUUGCUGAGCUGUUUUAAAUAAUAUGCCAACUUGGUAAUGUUCAAUAAAAUAGAAACUAA